GCGAACUUGAAAACUUUAGCUGGAUUGUCCACUUCCAGUGCAACAUCAAGCAUUAUGUACAGUUCUGUUUUUUGAAACAAGAAGGUGAAAGUUCGCUGUAAAAAUUUUCAUGCGGUGUGGAGGCACUCUAUUUCUUGAUUGGGGAUCUAUCUCAUACAGGAAAAGAAUGAGGGCGUUAUGAUUCGGAGCGUGCAACUUGUACAAACAAGCCUGGCACGAUGCCGUGCUGGUUUGGCCUUGUGUAACCACGAUUAAUGUGGGUGCUCCGAAUCCGGUGAAGCUAGUUCUUCUAAGAAGCUCAAGCUGCUAGUAAAAGAGUGACUCACGACGACUGUUCUUGUUGCAUGUUCCAGGAGGCACAUCGCGAAAGAUGUUGUCCCGAGAGACCGCGAGCAGUCUCCUUUACUUCUCUUGUCGUGUCGCUGUUGUGACCCUCCUGACUGCGAGCAGCCAUGACAGUCUUUCUUUCGCAGAGUCGCUCGGGGCGACGAGCGCCGGGGUAGCCGACGGCAAGGGAACUAAACGACAUCCACAUCCAGAUGCAGAUUUUGACCACUCUUCGGAGGAUCAUCUCGAAUGGUACUCUCGUCGAGCCCAUUAUUGGUCCCUGGAGGGGAAGUGUCCAGCUGAUGCCGGCUGCCAUGGGCCUCCCGAACAGGCGCUCCGCAACAGGCGGAGAGCGGAGGCAGCGCGCUUUACUAAGGAGGUCUUCGGGGCGCCGAUCACGGUUUCGGAGACUUGGAACCCGGAGGGCAAGGAAUUCGGACACACCUACCAGCCGGUACGCCACUGGCCAGAAGGCAGGGAUCAAACCAAAGAGGAAAAACAUCAAGCACAUGCAGGGUAGCAUGCCUUUUGUAGGACAGCAAUGUAUAAGUCUCGAAUUGCACCUAUAAUGCUCUUCGAAAUUGCCAUUCAGAAAAGCAAAUACUUUCCUCGCAUCCAUCAGGUAUUGCUUUAAUAGCUGGACGUCGGAUUCCUUACCGCUUGUACGACCUGUUCCCGAGGGACAUCACGCUCAGUGCACCGAUUACUCCAAGACCACACCGGCAGUUAUGAGUCGAUGCCGUGGUGGACUCUUCACUCCUCCUUUUUUAACUGAUACAAAGAUCGAUAGCCAUACAGGUUCUCAGUCUGAGAUAGAAAGUAGACUCUGGUGGUGGUUCUAAGUGCUUGUCGAGAACAAAGAGACUAGUAUCAAACACCUUGAUACAACACCCGCGUUGGUUUUCUCUAAAUUGUAACUGCGCAAGAUAUUCCAUAACCAGACGGUUUCGGUUGUGAUUGUGUUUUUCAACGAGCUGCUCUCGACGUUGAUUCGGUCUGUUGUGACGGUCUUGAACCGCACCCCUGACUGUCUCUUGGAGGAGAUGAUUCUUGUGGAUGACCACUCAGACUACGCUUUGAAGCCGGAUUUGGGAGAUAAACUGCGCACGUUCGUCACCAAGGAUACGAAAAAGACGAAGCUGAUGCGGCUUCCAAAACGCGAAGGCUUGAUGCGCGCGCGUGUGGCGGGCGCGCGGGCUGCUGUAGGCGAGUACGUUGUUUUCCUGGAUUCGCAUAUUGAGGCUCGACCGCAGUGGCUCGAACCCUUGUUGGCUCAUAUGCUCAAAGAUCCAAAUAACGUCGUUACACCGAGCAUCGAGACAAUCGGAUCAGACGAUCUUCACUACAACGGUAUGGCGGGUGGCGGCCUCGGCGUCCUGGGAUUUACAUGGAAACUCGGACAAACGCCGGUGUCCGGCAGAAGACAGAGUCAGUACUUCAUCGAGUAGAGUACACCUCAGACAAUGAUAAAGGCGUGAAUUUCUAGGAAGAAAGUACCCUUGCAGGGGACGCUAUAGUUGCUUACUCAAAUUUUUCAACACCGUAGCUAUUGAAACCUGAAGUCUCGCAUUUUGGCUCAAGGAUGGUGCCAGGGUGGGAGGUGCACGUACAAUUCAAGAACGAUGGGGGCUGAGAAAUCUUUUUGCCCGACGAGCUAAAGGCGUUGAUGCCUGUGCCAUUCUUCGAAGUUAAGAGUGCAGCUGUGGCGAGGUGCAGGUGGCUUCGGUUUUCGCGCUAAAGUGGAUUUGCAGGCUGAGAAGGAUGAUGAGGAGACUCUUGUUGAUGACAUGUCUUCAUGUUGUGGCUGUGGUGACUCCGUCGGAUCCUGUACGACUUGCACGAAUUGAAAUCAAACGUUGAAAUGGAAAGGUGAACAUCAGGAUGAGUGAUAUGUACUGCUCAGACCUAAGCGCCCACUUCUUGCACAUAUGUUGUCUCAACAUGCUGCUUUGAAGUGGUUAUGCCGUGACUAGUUCACGAUGAUCGUAGUUUUUAGUACGGAUUUGGAGUCCUGCUUCAAUUCUUUUGGACUGCUCGGCCAUUGUCGGGCCUCCGCUGAUAAUAAGCACCAACUUCCCUUCUGGGGUUUGUCCUGCUUAUUUUCAUUGCAAAGUAUAUUAGCGUUGCGCUUCGUGACUUCAUAUUAUUGGAGGCUGCAGGGUGUCGUCGUAUAGUCUAGGGGUUGGCAUGCUAGCCAAUGAUAGACUUCAUGGAAUGGAAUGCUUUUUCAAAUCGUUCUGAAUAGCGACGCAGUACCACGGCAACAUAAAACAAGGUAUGCACCCUCGGCAUCACCCAUCAUGGCCGGGGGGCUUUUUGGCGCUUCCAGAACGUUUUUCUUGGAGGAUCUUGAGGGCUACGAUCCGGAAUUUCAGCUCUACGGCGGCGAAGAGAUGGAAAUCGGGUUUAAAGUUUGGCAAUGCCAUGGACGCAUAGGUACAAAUCUGUUUGGGACCGUACUCAUUAUGCGAUGACGAAGAUAUUCCAAAUCCAAAAUUACUGUCUAGUCCCAUGUUCCAAAAUUGCUGACUCUUCUACAUGUUGGAACUUGACACCAUCUUCAGACGCACAUCAUAAAGCUUUUACAUUCAGAUUACAUUCCCUGUUCUGCAAUCGGGCACAUCUUCCGGACAUCUGAGCACUGGCAGGGACAGGUGUUUCCUGUCGCGCAGGAAGUUAUUUGGCGUAACAAGCGUCGUGCGGCUGCGGUCUGGAUGGAUGAGUAUGAGGAUCUUGCGAAAAUCGUCAUGGGAUCUGCACGAGGCCACCCGCUUGGUGAUCUGUCCCAUCCGAAGCGCAUUCGCGAAAAGCUGAAGUGCAAAGACUUCCAUUGGUACGACAUUCUUCUCCAUUUGUGGUUAUCAUACGCAAGCUGUGGCCUUGGGUAAAUUGUUGUAUCUGUUGAUGUGAUGUAAUUGGUGCUUGUGUAAUCGAAAAAAGAAGACUCGCCCACAUUGAUGCAGGUACAUGCAGGAGAUUUAUCCUGAGAUGUAUGUGCCUGGGGGAUUGCGGGAGAAAAUUACUGCUGCGCGCGACGCGGCGGGGAAAGCAGCGCCUCAGGGCGAUGAGGCAAGCAAAGUAACGAAGCAUGACAGCACGGUCGUUCUGUCUGACGCACGCGCAGGGACGCAAGAGAGCUCUGCGUUAGUGAGCGAGAAAGAGCAAUUUUUGACGGACAACAACGUUGCUGCGGCGGCGUCCACUGUUCGCUCAGAACUCCAGAAGAUCAUGUGUGCGGGAAGUGUGAGGUCUGAGGCGAAGCCCCACGUCUGCUUCGAUACGCUGGGCGCGAAUCACAACGGCGAGAGGCUUGGCGCGUACCCAUGUUAUGUUGCUUGACCAUGUUGUGAUCCUUUUAUCCCUCUUGAUAGCAAUGGGUUCAUUAUGCUCUUUCUGUUUGCAAUCAGCUCAUCAUAUUAAAACCAGCUUUGAAGUACUUACUUAAAAGUCUAUCAAGUACAUCUACAUGUUUGUGGUUGGUGGAGCGUGACUCUAAGCGUAUCACGACCAGAAUGGGUCUCAGGCGUUUUUGGCUAUCAGCGGUAAUUUGCGCAUUGGUGUCGGAGAAUAUCGAGGUUGUGGCGUUGCCAAGAGAGAGGAGAACACGGACUGGCAACCGCAAGUGAACAACACCCGUCAGGAUGACUCUUAAGGCCACUGAAAAUUCAAUCGACUACAUUUACAGACUGAGUGUAUUUGAGUUGCGAUUUUAGAUGUGAAGAAGGUUCAUGUUUGAUGUUGGUUGAUAGCGAGUGUUACGACGGUAAAAAACUAUGUAAAAAUAGCUACUCUAAGGACAUGAAGACGCAGCGGAUUCAGCCGAGAAGACGAAAAGGGGCGGUUCCCGCUAUACUCCUUGGGAACUGGUGUGGGGGUCAUGUGCUGCCGAAGACGAGACCCCCAGUGCGGAAGCAGUGGAGCAGGACGGCCGCCGCAAGUGGCAGAAUGAGGCAACGCGGGCCCUCCUUGCGUCCGAUGUAGCGCGUUCUACGGUUUUGCUAGAGAAAAAUCGUGCCAAGAGCGGCCUAAACCAGCGUCCCGUUCGCUUCGUCGCCAAAGAGGAGGGGGCUGGCAUGUUUGUCAUUGCGGGAACGACAAAGUGCCUGCAGUUUGAGGACAAGCCGAGUGACAAGAGCCCGCAUACGCUCCUGUUUUCCAAGUGCAACAUCGAUGUCCCGGCGCAGCUUUGGAGAUGGAAAGAGCCGGCUGACUAAUCGGCGAUUCGAUGUGAGAAGGAUCUGGAACUCUGCAUUUUUGCAAUCGCAUAUUCAUCGUAGUCUUCAUAUUUUUCUUUUCCUCCUCGUACUAGUAAUUAGAACUGCAAGUUUCAUAUGGAAGCCAUUUUUAUCAAAUGAUAAAUAGGACCUCGCCAGACUCCAACCUAAGACACAGACUCUAGCUAUUAGAUCUCGUGUUCCUCAUCUGUUAUUCGUAUUCCGAUGGGACAUAUAGAUACCUCUGACUCUGUUAGCUUACAUGAUGUUGAUGAUGAUUUCCCUGUUCAUUAUUUCCAUGAAUUUAUUUCGAGGGUCCAUUGAAGAUGCAAUGGCCAACGCUAAUGUCACGAUGACUUCUUCCAAUUUUCAAAAAACCCAAGAUCGAUUAGCGUGCGAAAAAUGCACACGACACGGACACAACUCCAAAGAAAUCCAGCUGGAAGGAGCACGCACCUAAAGGGUUGCACUAUCUAAGAGAGCUUGUUUUGAUGUUUAUUACUAUGGACUAGUCUUUGUGAUCAUCGAUCGACUCUACUUCGCAGUGACCGUCGAG